AUGCGUCUUGCUCUUCUCGUGGCGGCGGUGCCUCUCGGUCACGCCAUUCCUCGACCUCUGGCUGAUGAGGGUGCUGCAGAGGUUCCUGGCACGGGACGGCUCGGGUCGGCGUAUCAUCCAAGACGAGAUGAUGAACCGCAUGGAGCUCCUGACUGCACGGCUACCCAAGACAACGUCAAAGUGGUCAUCCUGGCCGACAGCAACCGUGAUGGCAUAGUCGUCGACAUUGAGGGCUCAACAGACCGAGGUCCAGGAAAAGAAUCGUGGAGUAAUGAAUCGGGUGCUCUGUUUCUUCCAAACAUUGGUGAUAGCUCUGACCGGUGCCGUAAACUGCACGAAUUCAAGGAUACUCUGGUCAAGUGCAAUGACGCCUCGGAUGACAUACAACGGGCACCAAAAUACUUGGCCCCUCUCCGGACAGUCCCGACUCCGGGUCUCAACUCGUCCGCCGUCGGCAGAAUAUCCGUCUCGGACCCCUUGGCACGCAAGUGUGUCCGCAUCUUUCGACGUUGGCCGUCGGAUCAAAACUCCACACAAACAGAGCCGCCGGCUCCAGAAUCAUCACGGUGGUGGCCUAUUUUUGGAAAGCCAAAAAAGGCGGAGGAAUUGGAGAGCGGCUGGAAGAUUGUUGGUGAGGAUUUAACCUUUUCUGCGGCCGAGCUUGCGCAGGGGCUGCAGCUGGGAAUCGAUGCUCGCGGCCCUCGAGGUCAUUUGGUAGCCGAGCCUGAUGCCGCCACCAUUCGGCCAUGGGACGGAAGAGUAACAGUUCAGCUGGUCGUGACCGACGGGGAGACGACUUCCACUGAUUCAGUCAUGCUACGGGUCGCUCCAUUGGUCACGCAGAACCAUCUACAGCGGGUUACAAAGGUCUUUGCCUCAAAGGACACAGAUCUGGCCGAAUACAAGGUGACACUUGAUGGAGUUGCAUCAAGCGCGAAGUCUGUCGGGCUCAAUGAACCGAUCCACGAGAUGUGGUGGAUCAGCGGGUUCAUUCAAGAUCUCUUCGAGACAAUGUACGCCAGCAUCCCUGGGCCAAACGGCUCAACUAUCAACUUACCAAUCAUACUGCCGGCGCCAAUGAAGCUUGGCAGUAUUCUGGGGCCAUCAGCCGUGGCCCAGCAGAUUCGCUCUACUGGCGUUGGAAUGGUAACAGACGUGCUGCCCCCCGAAGAUAAUGCGGAGACGUUGGAUUCCAUGGGAAAUCUCGAGACAAUCCCGCCAUAUGAGUUUAACGGCAGGAACUUUUCGGCCGGGCGGAUCGUCGUGGGUGCCAACCAGACCGCGGGCAGAGUGCCGCUAUCACUGCCGUUCCUUCAGGCCCAGGAGAUGCAGGAUCCUCUCCUUGUGGACACGACGUGGCUCGAGGUUCAGCACGUCGAUGAAUUUCUGCAAUUCUUACCGGCCGAGACUCCUCUCAAGUGGCGCGUCAUGGUCAGCGAUCCGAUCGGGGCUGUUCGAGUCCUACAGGAUGCUCAGGCGGCAGGGCGCGGCAACGGCUCGUAUUCGUCUCAACCGUUGAGCGAUCUCCACUCCUUUGGCACAAUAGAUCAACUAGUCAACACUGAAUUUAUACAGAUAAACGAGGAGUGCGCGCGACGUAUUCGAGGUACGAUUGAGAUGCUUAAGCGGGAGACUGGCAUCUCGGACAGUGAUGUCCUGCGCGUUCCGGUGCUCUAUGGUAGGGUUAAAGAUCCUGCAGUUCCUUCCAACGGAGACUUUCAGGCCGCUGCUAUAUUUCCUAAUGCCAUUAAUGGGCUCGUCAUGGCCGACUCACUCUACAUGGCACCAAAGCAAUGGGGCCCGCUUGACGCUGCGGGUGUGGAUGUUCUUCAGCAUGCUGUGGAAAUGGUGUAUAAGCAGGCCGGCUAUAAGGUUGAUUUUGUAGAUGACCUGAACUACUACAACCGCAAGGGAGACAUUCAUUGUGCUACGAAUGUCUUUCGUGAGCUGCUGGGCGAGUCUUGA